CCCAGAAGCGCAAAGGGCAAAGCCGCCUCUCCUUCUCCUUCUCCUUCUUUCCGCACACAAUCGUGGCACAGUCCUCCUGACGUCUGACCACCAGUGCGAGCAUUCCGACGCUAGGGUUCUGCCGCGGUGCCGCCGCAUCGUCGCCCGCGACCGCCGCCGCCGCUAGAGAUGGACGCCGCGGAGGUCGCGGCGAAGGUAUGCGCCCUCGAGGCCGAGCUCGCCGCCACUUCCCCCCGCAUUGCCGACCUGGAGGCCCGGGUCUCGCUCCUCGAAGCCGAGAACGCGCGCUGGAGGAAGGCCAUGCCCAGUGGGGAGGCCUCUGGUCGAUUGGUGGAGGGUUUGGGCGGCCCCAAGCCAAAAACAGUCCAGGCGUAUGGUUCUUUUCACGAGGUCGGUGACGGCGAGGAAGAGGGGGUUGCCGCUGAUGCCGGCAACGGGAGGAGCGGCGAGGAGGAUGGUGUUCCCGCGGUGCCGACCCCUAGGAAGCGUGCGGUGCGGGCGGUUACCGGUGGGAGCAAUGGCGAAAACGAGAUUGACGAUGCCGGGGGAGGUGGUGGUGGUGGAGACCACCGGAGGGUUCGCCGAAAUGUGGGUCUGGAGAAUGAUGACGUUUGGACCACACCCUGCGGUAAGAAGCACACCACCGCACGGGUGGCCAGCAGCGACAGCGAAGAUGAGGGCGAGAAGAACAACAAGGAUGGUGAAUUGCAGGCGGGGGUGUUGGGUGCUCCACCCAGUAGGAAGCGUGCACUGCUUAGAAUAAUUGACAGCGAUGAGGAGGAUGACGAGACAGAAGGGCGCCCUGCACCCACCAUAAGGCGCUUGACUCGCUUAGCUGAAAAACAGUCGAAGAAAGCACGAGUCGAUCCCAAUGAUCAUGAAGAGAGCGAGGAUGGUUCAGGACAAGAUGGUGGUAUGGGUGAAUCUAAAAAUGAUGCAGAUUGUUCAGAAGAUUCUGACAGCGAGCAGAUGGAUUACACCUUGCUGAAGGAUGUGACCCUGGCGUCAAACAACCGGGUGAGGGUUCGAGUCAGAAUAGCGCGCAUUUCACAUUACAUGAGCAAGCAUCAACGAACAGGAAUUCCACGGCUCGAUUUUGUGAUGCUCGAUGAGCAGGGGGGUAUGAUGGACGGCCAAGUACUUGCGUGGUCUGCAUCACCCUUUUUGCAACACAUCAAGGAGAAUGAUGUGUAUUACAUACACCACUUUAAGGUUGUCCACUCUAGUCUGCCCUAUAGGGCCGUUGAUCAUCCUUGCAUGGCAAUGUUCACGGAGUACACAGAGAUAAUCAAGGAUGAACAUGUGCCUGAUAGUUUUCCGGUGUAUGCAUACAAGAUAUCGCCUUAUGAAGUCCUCCGAUCGCGUGAAAACAACACAGCGCUAAUGUCUGAUGCCAUUGGUCUUAUGCUGCGAGUUUCAGAUGUGAAAACUGUUACGGUCAAUGGUACACCUCGGGCAGUCCGUAACGUGUACAUAAGUGAUGGCAGAGAGACAGCUGUUGUUGCUUUGUGGGAGGCACAUGCAAAUCAAUUCCCAGCAGAGACUCUGCAGCAGCAGAUGCAGCAAGGACCAGUUGUCAUUCUCUUUGUUGCCGUGACUGUCAAGCUGCGUGAAGGCCAACUGUGUUUGCAAGGAAGCAAAGUCUGUAGGUGGUAUCCCAAUGCUCCUAUUCCAGAAGUUUUAGCUUUGCAGAACAGUUCUGCUGGAGUUUCACAUGGGGCCAGAUUGGUUGACACAUCACCUACACAGACCCAGACGGGAUUCAUGCAUAGCGGGCUUUCUUCUGGAUGGUGAUGCUUUUGGACCGCUCAAGAAGACUGCAAGUGCUCUUGGCAGUUGUUUGUAACCUAGGAGUAUGAGAACAAGGAAGACCCCUACUUUCCAUGACUCUGGUGUUAGUUAUCACCAACUUUAUAUUUUGACCUUUCUGUGACCCUCUGUAGUGCGUCCCCAAUCAGUCUUCUGUAGUACUCCUACUCUCGAAAAAAAAGUCAGUCUUGUGUAGCAGUGUAGAUAUGGGUUUAGUCUGUGGUUAGGGGCAUGCACCCAUCCUAUGUUGACAUCGCUAGGAUGCUCCCUGUAAAUCUGUAAUAUCUCGCUAUGCAUCUAUCCUCGAGAUGUUACCCGA